GAAAACAGGAUGGAAACACGGUACACUCUUUAAGCGAAACCAUGUGGAUAAUGCAAACGCUCCUGUGAUGACAUCGUUGGGCUGCUUCAAACAUCAAUGCAACAGUGUCGCAAUCGCGACCGUUCUGCUUCUGCUGACGAUGAUGAUUGAUGUACGAGAGCAGACGAUGCUGACGGAGCAUCCACCCACCACGGAGGAUCUACCAUAUUCUAAACAAAUCACCUCAAACAGUAGAAUCCAAUCUCCGACAAUGUCAUCGUCGCCACCGACCACACCGUCCCCACAGUCGAGUGCCGCGUCGACGUCAACCACGUUCUGGUCGGAACCGUCGACGUCAUCGGUGACUCUGUCGGUGACAGCGUUACAUAUGGCAGCACUGCCAUUGCCGUCAUCGCUGACAGUGUCGGCUGAAAGUCUAAUCCGAGAUGUGACAUCGGUAGUAACGGACACGUCGACACGUCCGCACCCAGACACGACCGCCGUGCAGGGAGCGGACCUGCCAUCCGUUGGAACGACACACACAGUUCCGCCCGGUGCUCGAAACAGUCAACCGGCCGGGACGUUACUAGGCGGCGUGUCUAGCGAUGCAGCCUCACAAUACGACGGCAGCAGCAGUGCAAACAGCAAAUACACGACAUUUCGACCAUUACUAAUACCUACCUUACCUGACGUGCGGCGUAGUCGAAUUGUCCAUUCGAUGCCUUAUCAAAGCAAGCAUCAUCACGAGCGUCACUGGGGUCCUUUUUUCGAGGAACCGGUCAACGUGACUUCCGGGGCGGCCUUGCAGGUUGGAUAUCAUUUAUCAACGGAGGCCAUCCUCAACUGUAGGGUAGGAAUGCUUAAAGAUAAAACGGUGAUGUGGAUCCGACGAACCACCGAUAAGGUGUCGUUACUCACCGUGGGCAACAAUACGUACAGCGGGGACCCGAGGAUAAAGGUCAAAUUUCAAUAUCCCAAUAAUUGGAGGCUACAUAUCAACCCGAUCAAGUCCGAUGACGCUGGCCUGUACAUGUGCCAGGUGUCGACGCAUCCUCCGCGGGUGUUUGCAACGAAUCUCACCGUCUUGGAACCAGCCGUAAGAAUAGUGGAUGAAAUGGGCUACGAGUUCUUCGACCGAUACUACAAACUGGGCAGCACGAUCGAGAUAUCGUGCCAAGUGUCGACGUCGUAUCUGGCGAGUCUUCCGCCCAACUCCAAGUCCAAGUCCACCGUCGGUCCUCAAGCGAACACAUUGGACGAGACGUCGAAGCAAGGCACCAAAACCACCAAAGACGAUAACAAACUGUCGGAUUCUACGGAAAGAGGGUUGAUUAGCUGGACCAAGGAUGGCGCCGAGUUGCCAAAGGAUGUCAAGAUGAGUUUUAGUGGCACCAAGCAGUGGCUCAUCAGCCGGAUAUCGAUUCUGCAGGCAAAUCGUGUCCACAAUGGCGUCUACAACUGCACCGUAGCCGGCAAGCAGAGCCGAUCGGCCCAAGUACAGGUUCUGAACGGUGAAACUCCGGCCGCUGUUCAGCAUAAUAUUGGGCAUCGCAAAGAGGAAUUUGUGCUACUAGGCGUUCGUUUCACGGUGCUGGCCGUAAGCUGGUGCGCGCUGCUGAAUCUGAGCUGGUGUUAGCUCUACUGUUAAUCG